UUGCUAACUUUCCAGUAACUUUGUUUCUGGCUACUUCAAGGGACCAUCGUGAAACUUGCAGACGCCAGGAGAGGGAGUGUUAGCUAUGCACAGCCAUUCGCUGACUGGGCCACUUUAAGUGAAAUGGGGAAGCCUUGAAACCUCCAUGUUUGUAUCUUGAAAUUGCGAGCGGAGUCGAGCACCAUAUUGAAUCAAAGUUGCCGUCUCCAUGACAAAUGUUGUCUUAGUUUCCCACUUCAAACUUUAGCGGGUAGACUAUCAUAGCGGACUACAACACCCGAAGUAGCUGUAGGCGACUUGUUGCGAUGUUUCCCCGCGCGCUUCGGCUCCGUUGUCGUGCAUGUUAAGUUGGUUUAAUGCACGGAGUCAGCCAACAAUCUCUAACUUGAAAGUGUGAGAGCAGCACUCUGGACCAGACCUGGAUGUGAUGGACACUCCGUCCUCCAUAAUCACCCAAGUCAGCCGGGAUGAAGAGGGAACCAAAGCCACGGAAGAAAGGGGUUCUUCCCCCUCUCUGUCCUCCAAGAAGCCCAGGGGCAGAGGCCUCUUCUCCAGCCUGUUCUGCUGCCUGCGUCGAGACCAGCCUGAACCCCCACCAGUCAACAACAACGCCCCUCUGCUGGUCGAGGAGAACGGAACCGUCUCCAAGAACCAGGUGAAGCCACUGCUUCCUCCAGCAAAGUCAAAAUACUCCGGGAAGACCUGCGUGGUUAUAGAUCUGGAUGAGACGUUAGUCCACAGCUCCUUUAAGCCUGUUAACAAUGCAGAUUUCAUUAUUCCUGUGGAGAUAGAUGGAACAGUACACCAGGUGUAUGUCCUGAAGCGGCCUCAUGUCGACGAGUUCCUGAAGAGAAUGGGAGAACUGUUUGAGUGCGUCCUGUUCACUGCCAGUUUAGCUAAGUAUGCAGACCCCGUCUCCGACCUCCUGGACAAGUGGGGCGCUUUCCGCUCCCGCCUGUUCCGGGAGUCCUGCGUCUUCUACCGAGGUAAUUACGUCAAGGACCUGAGUCGCCUGGGCCGCGAUCUGAACAAGGUCAUCAUCGUGGACAACUCCCCCGCCUCCUACAUCUUCCACCCUGACAACGCAGUGCCUGUGGCCUCGUGGUUCGACGACAUGUCCGACACCGAGCUGCUGGACCUCAUCCCCUUCUUCGAGAAGCUGAGCAAAGUGGACAAUGUCUACACAGUCCUCAAGCAGCAAGGGGCCGCGAGCUAACAGCGUUCCACUUCUCAUCUCCGCCCUGAACAAAACGGCUAUACCCCACACCAGCGAGGCUCCGGCACCGGCUAUCACUGCCCACCAGAACACAGACUGCUUCACAGCUGACUGAGCUUUUACCUUCCCAGUAUCAAACCAAGAUCACGUUUAGGGACUUUGAUGGCAGCAUCACUGCCACCACCUGGUCAAACACAAAACCCCCUAUCAGCCUACCAUGAACCAGCUGAUGUGGAUGGAUGGAUGGAUGGAUGGAUGGAUGGAUUUAGUUUAAGGACGUUUCCGCAGUGUCCCAGAACUUGCAGUUAACAAAGCAGCAGUCUGGAGCCAUGAAUCGUGGGUACUGGACUUCUCAUGGAUUCAUCAGUCUGUUCCUGCAAACGAUGCAGGAAUCAAGCGGAAAGGACUUUUUGGAAAGAUUUACAUGUAAGGAAACUCGACCAGCGUUGUCAUUUCGUCACUGAAAGAAGAACGGUGUAUACGUACUGUUAGAUGUCUUUUUUUUUAACAUUUAGGAAUGCCAUCAUCUUUGUCACACACACACCGUAAUUUUGUGAAUUAUCUAUCACACUAUUUGUCUGCAGUCAAAGCAUGUGUGACCCUCGGCUGUCAUUUUAGAGUUUUUAGAGUGACGUGAUCAUGUAUUUUUCAAUAAUCAUGACAGCGUUAUGAAUGAAUCUGAUCAGAAAAAGUUGUGAUCAGGAGUUGUUAAAUUUACUAAUA